AUGUCUAGCUUGAGGAUUUUAGUUUUCCUUACACUGUUUAUAAAGAUCGGAGGACAGAGUGGUGAUGAUGUUAAACAUUUAAUCACCCAAUUAUUUACAACAAAUGAUUAUGUAAAGCAAGUACGGCCAAAUAGAAAUCAGCUACAGCCUAUGGUUUUGGAUUUAGAUUUUUUUCUUGUUGGAAUAGACGAAGUAGACGAACUUAAACAAAGAUUGAUUACAACCGGAUACUUGAUUAUUGGAUGGACCGAUGAAUAUCUGAAUUGGACUGGCGCAGACUUUGGCGGAUUAUACCAUUUAUACGUUCCACAAACAGAUAUAUGGAUGCCUGAUAUAACAUUAAAAAAUGGUUUUACGAAACUGGAGAAACUUGGAAGCAGUUUUAUUAAAGCCAAAGUAGAAAGCAACGGACAGGUUACCUGGAUGCCUUUUGAGGUUUUUGAAUCAAAAUGUACAAUAGACAUUACGUAUUUUCCUUACGACCAACAAUCCUGCAACAUAAUUUUUGUUGUGUGGUCAAGUAGUGUUGCAGAUGUGAUGGUAACCCUAUGGAAUAAUGGAAUUAAACUUGACAGCAUGGAGGAUAACGCUGAAUGGUCAGUUGUGUCCACAUCUGCAAGAGAGAACGUUCAGUCGUCCGAAUCUACAGUAAUAUUUACACUAAACUUGAAAAGGAGUUCGAACUAUUAUUUGAUGAAUAUCAUCAUUCCAAUCAUUUUACUGAGUAUUUUAAAUCUAUUCACAUUCGCACUUCCAGCUGACAGUGGUGAAAAAAUGGGUUAUUGUAUAACGGUGUUUCUUUCGUUUGCCGUUUUCCUUACAAUUGUCAGUUCCGAGCUUCCCAAAACAUCUGGAUCUAUAUUGGGAUAUUAUUUAAUGUUCCAGCUAGGUAUGGGAACUUUUGUUGUAUGUUGUACAACUAUAGAACUUCGGCUUCACCAUCGUAAAGGCGAUGUUCCCGUGACCAUCAUUAGGAUAAUGAAAUGCCGAAAUGUGAAUAAAAUUACAAAAAUGGAACAUCAAAAUGAUACAGAAAGCGAACAAGGGAUGACAUGGAGUGAUGUAGUUUCAUCGUUAGAUGUUGUAUUGUUUUGGGUAUCAACUGCAUUGGUUAUAGUUGCUACAAUAGCCUUUCUUGGAUUGCUUUGGACAAGAUAG